UUUGUUUCGAUUUUAAAUUGGUUUUUAUUUAUUCCAAUCAGAGAUUUUCUUCUUAAUUCACAAUUUCAAUUGAAUCCAGACAAUAUGUUAUUACGAAUUGGUUUUUAUAAUGCACCGAUUCCAGUACAAACAGAUCUUUAUUUUUUUGAAUUACGUAAUGGUGAACAAUUUUUGGAAGGUACACCGGCUAAUCUUCGUGAAAUUGGUCCAUUUGUAUUCAACGUUGAUCGAAAACGAGAAAUUAUCGCAUGGACUGAUCAAACUGUAAUAUUUCAUGAAAAAUUUUUUGCAACUUUUGAUCAGGAACGAUCACCAUUUUCAAUAAAUACUCGUAUGCAAACGGUGAAUGUACCGAUAGUGGCAUCAUUAGGAUGGACAAAUUAUUGGCUGGAUAAAUUUAAAAUCCGAUUCAUUUAUCCAAUUACCCAGCAUGCAAUACAUAUAAUAAUGCGAACAUUUGGUGAAAAUUUACUUGAAGAAAUUCCUAUAUCAGAAGUUUUAUUUGGUCGUAAAAUUUCUAUUGUUACCGUAUUCGAUUCAUUAGCUGCAUCAUUACGUUUAUUUCAUAUACCAUUUCCAGAUUAUACAAUACUUUGGGAAUCAUUUGGUAAUUAUGAAAUUGUUAAUAGUUCAUUUGGUGUUAUGGAUUUAUUUAUGGGUCAUUGGUUUGGUCCAUUGGAACAUUAUCGUUUUAAUCGUCCUGGUCAUCAUAAAAUGAAUGAAGUUCGUAGUAUAUUAGGUUCAAGACAUUAUGAAAAUUAUGCAUCACCAUGUAAUCUAAUUAAAGGAUUAGAUAUAUUUCAUUUUGGUUUACAUGAUCAGGGUCAAUCAUUCGAAAUUUAUUUUCAACAUUUUUGUCGUCGUAUUAAAUUUAUACGAAAAGGAUACCAUUGGAAUAAUGGAUUACGUACUGUUCGUUAUGAAGUAUGGCCAUUUCUUUUCAAUAUGCGUUUAGUUGAAAAUCGUUGCUAUUGUUUUGGUGAUCGUAAAUUAAAAGAAUGUGAUGGUUAUACUGAUUUGGCUGGUUGUUUUGGUGGUUUAGCACUUGCAUUUAGUUUUCCACAUUUUGUUGGUUCACCACAUCUUAAUCAUGAUGUAUAUGGAUUACGGCCACAAUGGUCUGAACAUGGUAGUUUUAUUGAAUUAGAACCAACAUUAGGCAUACCUGUACAUGCAAAAUUAUCAUUUCAAUUUAAUUUUAUUCUACGUGAUUUACCAAGAUUUGGUCCAUUAAGUAAAUUACAUGAAUGUAUUAUGCCAUAUGCAAGAGUUACAGUGCAAGCAAAAGUAGAUGGUUGGUUACAAUUGUAA